AGAGUGAAGAACCCAGGCAGACAGUGAAGAAAAAAAAAAACAGGGUUCAAAUGAAGGGAGAAGAGUUCAGAUAGACAACAAAGAGCCAGACUUAAAAGAAGCUUUCAAAGCAGGGACAUAAAAAGCGUGUAGAAAGUCAGGGUGAGACACUGGACGAGAGUGGAGGGAUAUAUUCAGUUCUAAAAAAGAAUGGGCUCCCCGGUGAGCGGUGCUGAUGCUCUUCUCUUUAACUCUCUGCUGGCUUUGCUCUUCGGAGUUUCUACAGUCCUGGGCCAAGACCUGAGAGAGAGGGAUGCACUCUGUAAUGUGGACGGCUGCUUUGUGGUCUAUUUUCAACGAAAAACCUUCCUGGAUUCAUGGAGAUCCUGCAAAGAGAAAGGUGGCAACCUAGUGACCAUUAAAAGAAAGGAGAAUGAAAACACUAUCAACACACUUUUUUCCACUGUGGAUUUACGCCACUCACGCACCAAAGUCCAGGUGUGGAUCGGCCUGCAGCGCCAUCCUCGCCAGUGUACUACUACACGCCCGCUGCGGGGUUUCUCUUGGACUACCGGAGACCAGGACACAGAAUAUACCAACUGGCAGAAAGAGGACUCCCCUAGCAUGUGCACGGUGCCUCGUUGUGUGGCCAUAGGUUACAGCACUGAAGAGCAGCAUGAUAACUUCAAAUGGCUGGAUGGUUCCUGCUCAGUCCCUGUAGAUGGGUAUCUUUGCCAUUACACAUAUAAAGGAAUGUGUCCCGCCUUGUGGAGUGAAGGUGCAGGCAAUGCCCUUUACACCACACCAUUUAACCUUCUAAGCUCACUGCUUACUCAUGUACCCUUUGGAUCUGUUGCUACCAUGCCCUGCCCAGCAGGCACCAAAGAGGAACAGUCUGUUUUGUGUAUGAUAAAGGAAAAUGGCUCAGUGGGGUGGUCACGAGAUUCCCCUUUAUGCUCUGAUCCCCCUUUAUCACGCAACUGGUGUGAGCCAAAUAAUGGUGGAUGUGAGCAUUUUUGCAGGCUAGCCGGCACUCAGGUCUACUGCGAAUGCACAGAUGGGUAUCAACUGGGAGAUGAUGGGCAAAGCUGUGAGCCUUCUGAUAUUUGUGACGGGGCCCCCUGCAAGUUUGAUUGUAUGUCCCUUUCGGAUGGGGAGGGUUGCAUGUGCCCUGACGGAUACAUGCUCGCACCAGAUGGACGUGGUUGUCUGGAUGUAGACGAGUGCCUCCAGAGUCCUUGCGAACAACUUUGCGUGAAUACUCCGGGGUCAUUCGAAUGUCAGUGUCAGGAAGGUUACUAUUUAGAUGAUGAAGGUCUAUGUGAGGAUUUAGAUGAGUGUAUAAAUGACCCAUGUGAACACGCCUGUGAAAACACCCCAGGAUUUCAUAUCUGCCACUGCCAUCUGGGUUUUUCCCCAGUACCUGAGGACCCAAGCCGAUGUCAAGACACUGAUGAGUGCCAAAUCCCUGGGACAUGUGAGCAGAUGUGUGUGAAUUAUGAGGGUGGAUUUGAGUGCUACUGCGAGGAAGGCUAUGAACUUUUGUCUGAUCACUAUUCAUGUCAGAAGAGAAGGGGAGAUGAUCAAUCCGCUGUUACCCCUCCCUUUCCUUGGGUCACUCACCGACCUGGGCCUGGAUGGGAGUCCAUGGACUAUGACUGGACUCUGCCGCAGAGCCACACUGGCUGGCCUCCAGAAGAGGAGCAGUCUCUGGACUGGCUGACUGAUCCACCAAGAAUUUUGAGUUCUGAUGUAAUUUGGGUCACCAGUGCUCCGCAGGAAGAACUGGCCUUUGACUCAGCACUGGACCUUCCAACACAGGGGGCUGAGAAUGAUCGGGAACACACAGACAAAGGAGAUGACUGGGUGAAGCGAUCUCAGUCUGAGCUGGAAGAUUUGCCAAACACCAUUUACACCAUGCCUCCCCCCACCACCAGCUCAAGCACUACCCCAGACAUGUACGAAGAUGACAGUGAGGCCACUACUGCUCUUCCCAUCCUUUCCACCUCUACAGUCUCUGAGGGGGCUUGGAAUUGGUGGUCCAGGCUCACCAGUUCCAGCCAGAAACCAGGAAAUCCAGAGGAUUCGGUCACAGACCACAACAUGCCCACAGAUUCCAGCUACCACAGUAAGGGAAAAGAACAACAGUACCCCUUUUGGGAAAAUUCUGAGUUUCCAGAGGAGGAGUUGGGGGAGGAGGAAAAGGACUAUGCAGAGUUCACACAGUCCCAAGACCCAACUGUUCCCACCCAACUUACUCCUUCCUGGCCACCCCGGAGCGAGGGUGGACAGAGCGGUGACAUGGUGGAUUCUGUCCAGGAGGACAGUGGGCACAAUAAGAGCAGCACUUGGAUCCUGGUGGGUCUCCUAGUGCCUAUCUGCAUCUUUAUCCUGGUGAUGGUGGCACUGGGCAUCGUCUACUGCACCCACUGUGCUGUUCAGCCACGCAAUAAAAAUGUCACUGACUGCUACCACUGGAUCUCGGGAGCUCAUGAUAAACAGGGAGCUCCUAACCCCUCGGCAGGGGUCAAGACCCAUGUUUAAAGAGAGGAGAGGAAAACUGACAUUCACAUAAACUUUGUUUCAGAGGUAAGCAGGAGUAAUAAACGUGGGAACAGACUAAAUAUUUCAUCCUCUCUGACUGUAACUACCCACUCUCUGAACACAUUUGGAUAUUACUGUUGAAUAUAAACUGAUGGAGGUGGCGAAGAGACAAUGAAAACCACUGACUUUUUUCUUUUUGGAAUGGGAAGACUGUGAUUUGAACUGCUUUGAUAAUUCAUACACUGAUCUGGUUUACUCAUGAUUGGACAAGGCUGCACAGUUAUUAAAUAUUGCCAUCUCAUUAGUUAAUGCCAAUUACUGAAAUCUAAUAUCUGAGGAUGAUGUGCGUAGACUUUUAUUCAGCAUUUCAUCAUUUCACAGCUGGAGCCAGAUCCUGCUAAGAGCUGUGGAAAUUGUUGCAUUGAUGGCAAAAGCAUUCUGCCUUUUUUUUUUGGGUAGAUUUGGCAAAGCUUGACCAUGAAGUCUCUCUCCAAUGCAAAAUCCUUAGGCUCAGUUCAUUUCACUAGCAUAUCACUGUAAAUAAAUGUUAGCUGUUAUAAUUAAAUGUAUGUAAACUGUAUGGAGACUAUAAGCAAAUGCCCCCCCCCCCCCCCCUCCCCAAGAGAAAAGACAUUCUGUAGUCACAUGAUCAUGCUGGGAAAGUAAUCAAGUCACUGUACUUCAAAAGAGACCAAAACCUUCUUUGUAUAUUGUGGUUUUAUUGUAUUUAUGUUGUCUGCAUACGUGUCACCAGCCAUUUUUAUUUCCUAUUUUUAUUUUAACAGUAACACUGUUUGUUGACCCCAUAAACUUGACUGAUCUGUACAGGAAUGUCUGUCCACACAUGGGUAUAUUUUUCCUCACUCAUGUCCAGUUUUACAGCACUUCUCCUUUCCUUGAGUUUUCUUUUUUCUUUUUUUAAGUUAAACGUGCAGAUGUUCACAUUUGCACAAGGAAUGUUGUAGGGGCUGUUUAGUUGCUGUUAGCCUUGACCUUGCUCAUAGAGCGGCCAUCAAUCACCCUUCGUAACCCCUAAUUAAUUAACGCACCCACCCUGCCCCCUCACGAAGGUUGUGUUUUAGACCAGCCCUGGAAGGUUUUCAUGGCUAUGUUGGAUCACAUUCAGCCGUGCAAGGACAUUAGGGUGUAUGAAUUUUAUAAGAAGGAAAAAAGAAAAAAAAUUCAAGGCACUUACAUUCCAAAUUUACACAUGAAAUAUGUCUUGUGUGUCUUUGUUUUAUUGAUAGACUGUGAAAUGUAAGAAACAUCUGAUGUCUUUUAUUUUGACAUGUUAAUAAAUUGUGAAUUUAAAGGUUUGAAAGGA